AUGGCUAUAAAAACUGAUGCAGAUUGUUAUGCAUCUUCAUUCAAUUUUAGACAAUUUGGCUUUAAUGAAACAGUGACCAUGCUCCUCAUUCUCCUCAUCUUCCUUUCUGUGCCCUCUAAUUAUAUUGUUCUUUCUCAACAAAUAUCGACCUUUCGGAAGCUUAAUCUGCCAACAACUUCAGUAGGUCCUGAACCUAUAGAUUUCGAUGCCCUUGGUAGAGGACCGUAUACAGGCAUCUCUGAUGGUAGAAUUGUUAGAUAUGACAAACGUACAUCAAGUUUCGUUGAUUUUGCCUUUGCAUCGCAGAAUAGGUCAAAGGCAGUGUGUGAUGGAACAAAUAGUCCAGCUUUACGCCCUGUUUGUGGGAGGCCAUUAGGUAUCGAAUUCUUCCAUCGGAGGAAUUUGCUAUUUAUUGCCGAUGCUUUUGCAGGGCUGUGUGUGGUUGGACCAAAUGGAGGACUUGCAACCCAACUUGCCACUACUGCAGAAGGAAUAUCUCUCAGAUUUUUAAACGGUUUGAGUGUUGAUCAACAUACUGGAGAUGUCUAUUUUACAGAUUAUAGUUCAAGAUUCUUGCAAACCCAAAUCCAACAAGCAAUUGCUGCCAAUGACUCAACGGGAAGGUUGCUCAAGUAUGAUUACAGAACUAAAAACGUUACAGUGCUGCUACUAAGGGGCCUUUCUGGGGCAAACGGUGUUGCAAUCAGUUCCGAUGGCACGUACCUACUUUUCGCCGAGUCCAUCGCUAACAGAACUCAAAGAUUUUGGCUACGUGGGGCUAGAGCUUUUACGUCUGAAGUUGUGGCCAAUUUUCAGGGAAUGCCUCGUAAUAUUAGGAGGACACCUUCUGGAGAUUUCUUGGUGGGAGUGAGCGUACAGAGGCCAGGAGCACCAAGUAUAGUCCCCACGGCAAUAAGAAUCAAUGGCGCAGGCCAGAUUUUGCAGACUUUGCCACUUGACCACUACUAUAACACUACUGUUAUCAGUGAAUUUCUACAGCGUGGCUCGAGGUACUAUGCAGGAUCCGCCCAGGCGAAUUUUGUUGGUGUUUUUAAUUGGUAA